CUACAACGAAUAACUUGACACAGAAUACCUUUCAAUAUCAGAAAAAGCCACUACAGUCAACAACAAAUACACUAAAAUGAGCUGGCAAGAUUAUGUGGAUAACCAACUUUUGGCCUCGCACUGUGUAACAAAGGCUUGCAUUGCUGGACAUGAUGGCAAUAUUUGGGCUCAAUCUAAGGGAUUCGAGCCGUAAUCGUUUCUAUUUAUGAGGAUCCUGUUCAACCUCAACAAGCCGCAUCUGUUGUAGAGAAGCUUGGAGAUUAUCUGAUUACUUGCGGGUACUAGGAAUAAUCCAUAAUAAUAAAAGUAAUAAUUAAUAAUAAACAAUAAAAUCAUUAAAGCAUUAAAAAAUAUCUUCUAUAAAAUCUAUUUUGGAAUAAUUUCAUACGAAAAAAUAAAGCCGCAGUAAAUAAAACUAAUAUUCAAGUAAAAUUUUUUACAUAUGUAUCUAUAUAAAUUAAGAUGGAAGAAUAGAAUACGAAAAUUAUUUCUCUUAAUUUUUUAACAAAAAGUAUGCAUAAAUAAAACACGUAUAAAGAGGGAGCAUUUACAUCUUUUUUAAUAUGUUUGAAGCUUCAUGAAAAUUUGGUUUCAUUCGUUUAUAAUGAUUUUGGUUUUCGAGCGGGAAAAGUAGAGUGCUGUUGUUGUAGCGACAGAAAAUAUUCCUGAUUUCAAGGCUUGGUGCCGUACCGACAGUCCUUGGUUGGAUAAAAAUCCGGGUCCGUUUCGGUUACUUAGACCGACUAUCGUGGGAACGGAGAGAAAAGAGAGUUAUUAAUAAAUUUAGUAUAGAAACUAUCGAAUACGGGGUUAAUAUAUAAGUAGCUGAUAUAGAAGGUUUCUCUAGAUAAAUAUUCUAUAGUUUUGACCACUGACCUAUGGUUUUUAAUAUAUUUCUUUAAAUACAAAGGGUUAACCAUUUCAAACUUAUCUACUUUUUUAAAGAAAAUACACAGAAACUUCACAUUCAGUAAGGGAUGUUUUUAAUAAUUCAAAGGAGCAUUCUUUGGCAUUUUGAAGAUUAUCUAAAGUUCGCCGUGGAUACGUCUCAGAUGGUCCAUCCGUUGGGUCCAAUUUUCGAUGAUUCGUUUGAGUAUUUCGACUGAAUUUUAAAUUCCAAAACGGCGAUCGAGCUGUGAAAAAUGUCAGUCGAGGAAGAACGCAAAAUAACAAAUGUGAUAGUUAUCCGCGAAUUACGUCAACUAAGAUUAUUGAAAAUGUAAAUAUUGUAUUUUGUUAAUUGCAGUCGCACAUCUCCAGUGCUACCAAUCACAUUGAGCCAUACCAUAUAGUGUUGGAAAGGUGAGAUUUUAAGCUUCAUUUAAAUUAAAUACGGGGAAGUUGAAAAAAGUUACAGCUGUUCAAAAAAGAAUGAACGUAAUGAAGAAAUUCGCUAUAUUUUGAAAUUUUUGUUUAAAAAAGGGAAGAAUGCCACGCAAGCCACCAAUGAAGUUUUAGAAGUUUACGAAGACGAUGCUGUAUCAGUUCGUAUAGUACAACAAUGGUUCUCUCGCUUCCGUUCUGGAGAAAUUUCGACUUAUACUGAUGAAAUAAUGUCUAGCGGCAAAAUGGCAAUAAGUGAUCGACUAAAAUGGUACAUAUUUGUUUAUUUAUUUAUUAUUAUAAAUAGAAAAAAAAUAAGUUGGAAGUUUGAAUAGAAAUACUAUUUCAACUGCCCAAUAUCUAGUAAAAUAACUUGCUUGAAGAUAAGAGCUGCAAAUUUAACUUGGCUUUUAAACAAACACUCCAAAUUUAGCCUAGACAAUAAAGUGCUUUUAUAUAAUGCAGUCAUAAAGCUGAUUUGGAUGUAUGGCAUGUAACUGCAACUCAUAUUGCUAUAAUACAAAGGUUGUAAUCGAAAAUGCUUAGAACAAUCAAUUGAUGAGGAUCUUGGUAUUCCUAUGAUAAAGAAAGACAGCAGAAUGAAAUAUUUAUUUAAGCUCCGAUGUCACCCAAACCCAUUGGAUAAUGCUUUCGUAUAUUUCUACGAUCAAACACGCCUAAAAAGAAGAGAUAUGCCUGCGUAUUAAAGAGCAACGUUUCACCAAAACAGCUCGAAUCACUUGCUUCAGGUUGUCUAGUUUUUAAAUGGAUAUAAAUUUUAUAAGUUAUUGACAGGUUUUUUAAAAAAACUACUACUAUUGACUAACUACUAAAAUUAUUGAGGGAACAUAACUCCAGCCUGCCGAAUGGCAGUGAAAGUACAACGCCGGGAGAAAGCGAACCCGAUUCCCCAAUCGAUGACGGUGGAGCAGACGUUCCAUUGCUCGACCAUAAAGAAGUUCGAAUAGCAAUUACCCAUCUGAAGAGCAACAAAGAAGCGAGGGCCGAUGGAUUGCCGACCGAGCUAUUCUUUGUAAAAUAUGUUGGUCGAAAGCAUGCCCAACGAUUGGAAUUCAAAUGUGCUCUGCCCAAUCCACAAAAAGGGGGAUCCCACAACGGCGGGGGCCGAUGGAACACGGCGGCGAAGAAUUGAUAAGGAGAAUGCAUCAGCUUUUUAUAGAAUAUGGUCGGACGAAAGCAUGUCCGACGAUUGGAAUUUAAGUGUGCUCUAUCCAAUCCUCUCUCUCUUCUUCAACAUCACAUAUAAGGUUUUACCGAGCGCACAGUGCAUUAUAUUAAAGCCUAUCGUCAACAAACUGAUUGGAGCUUACCAGUGUGACUUCACGCCUGGAAAAUCAACAAAACAUAUUAUGUUACAUACCCUGCGGCCAAAAAAUAAGGCAUUUGAAUUUAAACUGUGCGAGUCGAAGGAUUUGGAGAAUUAUUUUUUUUUUAGGUUGGUAGUACUGUCAGUCACAUUUAUGUCAAAUUUCAUGUCAAAAUAUUCAUUAGUGUUUGAGAUACGUGUGGUUUUGUGAGCUGCUAAAAGUGAGUUUUUUGUUUUUUGCGAUGUCGAAAUUUGUUGAGCAAAGAAUUUGCGUUAAAUUUUGUUUAUGGAAUCAAUUUUCUGCUGCGGAUACGUUGAGGAUGGUGCAGAAAUCCCUUGGUGAUGAGGCUAUGUCUAAAAAAAUGUUUACAAGUGGUAUAGUGAGUUCCAAGCCGGCCGUGAACGUGUCGAAGACGAAGAGCGUCCAGGGCGACCAUCAACCUCAACUGACGAAGCUCACGUUCAACACAUCAAAGAUUUGGUGUUGGAAAACCGUCGAUUAAUAAUUAGAGACCUUGCUGAUGAAGUUGGCAUAUCGAAAGGCCAGCCAAUACCAUUUUGAAGGAAGUUUUGGGCCUCAAGCGCGUCAAAUCUCGACUGGUACCGAAAACAUAGAAUUUUUUGGAAAAAAGGCGUCGCGUUGAAGUGUGUGAAACGAUGCUUUCCGAUUACCAGGGUGUCAUGAAUUGCAUUAUAACUGGCGAUGAGACUUGGAUCUGUGCUUACGACCCCGAAACAACCGAUCAAUCGAGCGAAUAUCGUGCCAAAAGAGAGCCGAGACCACAAUUCCCACGACAGCCGGUUCUACGCACCGGAAUUGACUCGGAUUUUAUCCGACCAAGGGCUGUUCUCUCGGCGAUCUAACCCCGUUUGGAUCGGUGAGUAUUAAUCUGUGUUUGUCGUCCUUAGAGCAACGCCUUGCAGCAGGGUUGCUCCGUAUCCUCCUGACUCGUGCUGGCAUUGAGUCCAACCCGGGCCCGGAGAAUUUUUUCUGCUGCGUCUGCGCUAAAAGGCUCCAUCCAAACUCCACCUCGGUCAGGUGCAAUACAUGCAAUGGAUGGAGCCAUCUUAAGACCUGCUCAGGCCUUAAGACCCACAGGGAGUGGACCACACGUUACGUGGCCCCGUGUUGUCUGCGCAAUACUGCGAUACAAGCCUCUACGGCUGUGCAACCUGCACACUGUUCGCGCGCCGCGCCGCCACUCAAUCACAGUGGCCAACAAAGGACCUCUACGGUCAGGAGCUCAAACAGGCAACACAGCUCCCACUCUGACUUGUCCCCCCCCAACCUUCAUCCCGCUCCAAUCCUCGUGCGAGAACCAAUCAGCAACUCUUGGUUCCUCGCACAGUCUGUUCCGUGUGUCAGACCGUCAUACGUCGGAACGUCGCAUCAGUUAAGUGCAAUUCCUGCACUGGCUGGUGCCACUUCCCGACGUGUUCCGGCCUGCGCACCACACGUGAGUGGAGUGUCACCUACGUUGCCCCAUGCUGCAGGAGUCUGCCCCCGCAACUCACAACAGUGGCGUCGCCAACCAACACCCCAGUGCGACAACCGCCCCCGCGGGUUCUGCAGCUGCAACAACCACCACCAACACGUCACUCCCUCACCCCCAGGAUCAUUCACGGACACCCGCGACAAACGAGACUACUUCAAUUCAACUGCAACGGACUCCAGAGCAAGAUCGAGGAGAUAGUUGCACUCAUGAAUCGGGAACGUAUAUCGAUAGCUGCGGUCCAAGAAACCAAGCUCAACAGCCGCUCAGACCUUCUGAGUUGUGCAGGUUUCAACAUCAUUCGUAAAGAUCGCGAGCGAGAUAAUGGUGGUGGCCUAGCCUUCAUAUUGCACAACACCGUGCAGUAUCGUCAAAUCGAUGAAGACAUCGACACUAUCCGGUCAGGCGAUGUCGAGCUCGAAAUAUUUAAUAUAUACAUUCCCCCAGUUACAUGUUGCCCUACAGGAUAUCACCCGAAUAUAGGCGCGCUACUUCGUGGUGAAACCCGUUUGGUACUAGGCGACUUUAACGCGCACCACGAUCUUUGGCAUUCCUCCCUGUCAAACGAUCGUAGGGGAAUGGAGCUGGCGGAACAGAUUGACGAUUCGACAUUCUACACAAUGAAUGACGAAGCCCCCACCAGAGUUAUGGGCACCUGUAAUAGCUCGCCGGAUAUUACCAUUGCUAGCGGUGGCCUGAUAAACAGCAUAACCUGGCGACCUAUGCUAACUCUUGCAUCAGACCAUCUGCCCAUAAUUAUCUCGAUCGAGAAGCCUCUCGAUUUCGUUUCUGUGGACAACCGUACCUUCAUUAACUUCAAAAAAGCUAAUUGGGUCGGCUUCACAGAAUUCACUGAGAGCACCUUCAACGCUCUACCCAUUCCUACGGACGUAUGCGUUGGCGAACGUCAAUUCCGCAAGGUGAUCGCAGCAGCUACUGCUCGCUUCAUCCCGGCUGGAAGAAUUGCGGAAAUCCGCCCCAAUUUCCCAGCCGAAGCAGCUGUCUUAGCUAAUGAGCGCGACACCUUACGCCAUGCCGAUCCCGGGGAUCCCCGAAUAAGGGAUCUCAAUUUGGAGAUUCGGCGAAAGGUAAAUCAACAUAAGCGGACGAAAUGGAUAGAGCACCUGAAGUCCUGCAACCUCUCCACCGGUGUGAGUAAGCUUUGGGCUACUGUCAAAGCUUUGGCUAAUCCGAAGAGACACGACGACCGAGUUGAAGUUCAAUUCAAUGGUCAUGCCUCUUCGGACUCGAAGAAGUGCGCGAGCUAUUUUAGCCGGCAGUUUACACUGCACCCUUCGGUAGACAAGGCCAAGAGAUGUGUUAACCGACGGCUGCGCAAAAUGCCAAACAACUGCGCGCCACUUACUUUCACCGAUGAGGAGGUUCAGGGUGUCAUCAACAAGGCAAAAUCCUCCAGAUCCAUCGGCCCAGACGGAAUCAACAUGCUAAUGUUAAAGCAUCUAGGCUCGACGGGAGUAAAAUAUCUCACCAAGGUCCUCAACCUGUCGCUCACCACUCUUCAAAUACCCGAUGUGUGGAAAGUCGGAAGAGUGGUCCCACUACUGAAACCUGGGAAACCCGCCAACAAAGGGGAAUCUUAUCGACCGAUAACUCUCCUCUCCCCAGUAGUGAAGACACUAGAGGCCUUGUUACUCCCGACCUUCACUCACCACCUGAGCCUAGCCAGCCACCAGCAUGGUUUCCGCAAAGUGCACAACACCACCACAGCACUUAGCGUCAUAAACGCCCAGAUAGUGCGUGGCCUCAACCAGAAACCACCCUGCGAAAGAACGAUCCUCGUAGCGUUGGACCUGUCAAAAGCUUUUGACACGGUCAACCACACAACGCUACUGCAGGACAUUGAAAAAACCACUCUCCCUCCAGGGCUUAAGAGGUGGACCAUGAACUAUCUGAACGGUCGUCAGUCAUCCGUACUAUUUCGAGGAGAAACAGGGGGUUCCGCAGGGUGGUGUCCUCUCCCCGUUACUGUUUAAUUUCUAUAUCUCGAAACUCCUACAACCACCAGAGGGGGUCUCCAUAACCUCGUACGCUGAUGACUGCACGAUAUUGACGUCGGGCAAUGGAAUCGAUGGCAUGUGUUCGAAAGUGAACAGCUACCUCUCCGACCUUUCUCGUUUCCUCACUGCACGGAAUCUCCAACUUUCCCCCGCCAAAUCCACAGCGACCAUAUUCACAAACUGGACGAAGGAGUAUAGACUUGAGCUUGAUAUUGCAGUCGAUGGCGUCAAAAUUCCGACUGUCAAUAACCCUAAAAUUUUAGGCGUAACCCUUGAUAGUCUAUGCUCCUUCUCUCCCCAUACAACCGCGAUUAUCGCCAAAGUACAGAGCCGCAACAAGAUCCUCAAGUCGCUAGCCGGCAGCACAUGGGGAAAAGACAAAGAAACGUUGUUGGCAACUUACAAGGCAAUCGGCCGGCCGGUCCUCAACUACGCAGCACCGAUAUGGUCGCCUGGAUGCAGUGGCACGCAGAUGAGGAAACAACAGACCUGCCAGAACACAGCACUCCGGACUACGACGGGAUGUCUCUUGAUGUCUCCCAUCGAACACCUCCAUAGUGAGACGCGCAUGCUUCCUGUAAAGGAGCAUAAUGAACUCCUCUCCAGGCAGUUCCUGCUGGGAUGUUUCCGUAGGAAUCACCCUUGCGGCCAUCUGCUUGGAGCGGAGCCGCCUCCUAGGAGCAUCAAGAGGUCAUUCCUCGACUACGUCGACGACAUCGUACAGUACGCCGACCGAACUUUGGACGCUACAGACUUCAGACAGGCACUGACCGCCAUUCACAGUGGAGCCAUUAACACCUUCACCGACUCCCUUCCCGUGAAUGGCGUUCUUGGAGUCAAAGCACCACCUAUUGCAGAUGAAGAGCUCCAGUUGCCGCGAGAAACGCGAGUGACCCUAGCGCAACUUCGUUCUGGAUAUUGUAGCAGGUUAAACUCCUACUUAUCCAGAAUCGACCCCGACAUACCUAAUGUAUGUCCUGCAUGCAACGAGUCUCCGCAUGACACUGGCCACCUCUUUGCAUGCCCCACAAACCCAACCCAUCUAACACCUUCCUCCCUUUGGUCCGACCCCGUCGAAACAGCGCGUUUCCUGGGCCUACCGUUAGAUGACCUCGACGACAACACAGAUAACCCUUACCAUCCUAACGGGGAUUAGCGUAUCCGUUAAAACAACAACAACAACAGAGCCGAGACC